UUGGCUGGCUUCUACUUUUGCUUUUGCGUUUGCGUUUGCUGCUUGAGGGUUCUGGGUUCUGUUCUUUGUCAUCUGCCCAGUGAGUUGCGCUGCGCUGCGCUCGCCAUUCGCGAUUUUCCGUUCGCCAUCCAGCUCGUUCCGUUAUAAAAAGCGCGUGCCGUGUUUCGAUUUAAUGGAGUCAGCUUUCACCAGGCAAAGGGUUUAAGUCCUGCCCGGCAGUGUUAAACAAAUAAAUAACUAACUAAUAAUAAUAAUAAACUACAAAGUGCAAACUGAAACACAAAAAAAUAUUGAACAAGUGAUAUAUAGAUUUAAAAAAACUGAAAAUGCAUUUUAUUGCCGUCGUUCUAGCUUGCAGUUUCGUGGCGUUGAGUGGAGCUUCGCAUGAGUGGGGCUAUCCGGACUUGGACAGUAAUCAGGAUGAGCCCUUUCCUAAUUGGGGCGGCCUUUGUGACAUUGGCAAAAAACAAAGCCCCAUCAAUCUUCACGUGAAAGGCGCGCUUAAAGGCGAGUUCCCGUCACUGGAGUUUAAGAACUUUGACGAGCACCAAAAGAAGCUGGAAAUGGUAAACAACGGACAUUCAAUUCAACUCUCGGGCUUUGAGCACGAGUUGUCGCUUAGCGGGGGCGCCCUGCUUGGAGACUUCGUGGUCGAGCAAAUUCAUAUGCACUGGUGGUCAGAGCACACCAUCAACGACAUCCGCUAUCCACUGGAGGUCCACAUAGUGCAUCGGAACAAGCUGUAUCCCAAUAUUUCCAUGGCUGCCGAUUUUCCGGAUGGCAUCACCGUCAUCGGCGUUCUAUAUCAUGUCUCCAAUCAGCCCAACCCUGCCAUUGGCAGCAUCAUUAAGAGCCUCGAUGAUGUGAAGAAAUACUCGGCCAUGAACAAGCCCACGAAGGUGAAGGACAGUUUGGCUGUGAGCGACCUCCUGUCCAGUGUAGACGGUUACUUCACCUAUGCCGGCUCCCUGACCACACCCACCUGCGCCGAGGCAGUCACCUGGAUAGUGCCCACCGAAACGUUCCCCGUUACUCUCGACCAAGUUAACGAGUUCAAAGAGAUCGAGUACGAUGAGGGCAAGCAGCUCCACAAUAACUACCGCGAGCUGCAGCGUGAGAAUAACCGGGCAGUCGUGCUCGUCCAGACUUCGCAGCAGAAGAGCGCGGCGGCGCUGCAGCUGCACUGCCUCUCGCUGGGUGCCCUCUUGCUCCUGUCCCUGGUCGCCAACAAGUUCCUGUUUUAAUGUAGAGUAGCAAACGCAUUUGCCUACCUAGCCAUACCAAAGAUUAUCUGCACCGAGUUUCUAGUGCAGACACAACGAAUUUUACCAAAAAACAAAAAACAAAAAAAAAUGGAAUGAAAAACUACAAAGAGAGCAAACUUCUUACCAAGUGUUAGAGCAACGACAGACAUUUUAUACUCAUUAAUUUUAUGUAUUCCUCUUGUUAAACAUUCAACUAGUCAAUUUGUGUAAAAUCCAAGCUAGUGCCUUAAUAAAACCCCACGCAAAUUAUUGUUUUAUAAGUA